AACACGGUUCCGUGAUGGAACAUUUUCCGGAGAUUUUCCUCAAAAUUAAGCCGCUAAUUGAUUCGAUCAUCAAACGCCCGACCAGAGAAGGGAUCGUUGCACUCAAUGAGCACCUGAAACGAGUCGAUAGCCAGAGUGUGCAGAUUCUACAGAACAUUUUCCUGCAGCAGCUGGUCAUACUCGUCGAUACGGUUCCCGGAGAGAAUCAAAAUGAACUGAAAACUCACCUGCUGGACUGCAUCGCUACGAUACUGGAGAAAGGGCUCCUGGGAAAGGCGGUUGCUAUGAAAACGACGCUGCUCAUCACAGUUAAACUAAUCUACGACGUAGAUACUGGCCUUCUUAGAUCGAAUCUAUCGGAAGAAUACAAACUAGCCGUGCUGAAGGUCAUUUCCAGCGUCUCGCGCCGCAUACAGAGCGAACUGGUGGAGGAGAUUUAUGUGCGGGAAAAUCUCAAAUUGCUUUCACAGGCCAUCUUCGUCUGCGUUUGCAUCAUCGAUACCGAGCGAUACCGGAAGUUACGUUUUCAGGCCGUCGAUGCGAUCCUAUCGUUGCUACAAAUUCACGAUGAUUUCGAUUUCAACGAUACGGUGUUGCGCUGCCAGGUAGCGGAGCUAUUGUUUAUCGUUCUACCGAAACUGCUGGCCACGUUCGUGUCCAUCAUAAACGGCGAUGAAAAACAAGGCGUAGCAGUGCAACGCAUAGCUAUUAAGGCGCUCGGGCGUACGCUGGGUCUUAUUUUUGAAGACUACGCCAAAGAGUCGGCCAAUAAUGAUAUACACGUGGAUCAUUUUCUACGCCUGGUUCACGCGACGGUACCGGCAAACAGGGACGAAAGAAACGUUUUGGGCGUGGGAAUUAAACGGGAAGAAAAAACACAUUACUAUAACAAAACGCAGCGAACACGUGAGUGGUUACUUGAGGCAGAGAAACAGGUGGAGAAAAUGUUUCCAACCAUUCUGCAUCUACGUGGCCACGAAGAAGAGCUUAUUCGGUUGGAGUUUGCCAAAAUCAACUGUAAUCUGCUGACCAACUGCACCUAUAAUAUGCCGACUUGUACGGUUCACUAUUUACAAUCCAUCAUAACACUGUGUGAGGACGACUCUGAACGAAUUCGUGAAGUAUGCCAAAGUUGCCGCAACACCGUUCCCAGUUUUACGCUUUGCAUCGAAGGGAACCGCAUCGAUGAUAUGUUCUACGAUACACUCGCCCAAGCACCGCGCGCUAUCUACCGUGGCGAAGAGAGGGAACAGAUAGCGAUCUUCCGGCUUAUCUCCGGCUAUCUAAGAUUCUUCUCGCCAUCCCAGCUGACGAACGUAUUUUCAAAUGCAAACAACUUGCAUCAAUUCAUCGCUAUCCUGCUAGCGGGAGCGGAGCUGGAAAACGUGGACGAACUGGUGCGCCGCGAGUACGUAUCCUAUCGGUUCGAGUAUGAGGAAGGCUUUCGAUUACAAAAAGAGAAAAAAGAAUCCCGGUGGAUUGUGCUUAAAAACAUACAGUCCCCUCGGGCGAAACACUGCUUUCGACAGAUCUUUGAUGCCCUGCAGCAACAUCAUGAGCAGUGCGUGAACACUGUGUUUAUGUACAUUUUGGAAGAUUUUUUCACUUCUCGCAUCAACAGCAAUGGCUAUCUGUACAUCAUGAGCGAAUUGAUACCACAGACAGUGCAAGGUCAGCACUCUGUUGCUGUUGCUGCUGGUUCACCACUGGAAGAAACGCUGAAAAGUGUGUUAACAGAAGUAAUGCAAUCAUACCACUGGCUGCUGGAACUGGAAGAGAACGAUAAUGUGAUUAACCAGAAGUACAAUACGCUCCACGUUUGUCUAGUGAUCCGAAUCAUCUCGAAAGUGGCCACCGCUAUGGCCGAUAACUUCAAGUGGUAUCUGUACGAUUCGUUACGAAUCAUUCUACAAAGUGCCAGCAGUACCUUGAAUUGCAUAAACGAAACUGCAGAAAUGGCCCUCGACACGAUAGCAUCGGCGAUGGGACUGUCCAGUAUUCAACAGCUGGUUCACCGAAAUUUAGAUUACAUUUCACAGCACGUUACCCGUUGUUUGCGCCGCGCCGAGCACUUUCGCGAUGGUUUAUCCUUGCUAGAGUCCGUUUUGCGUUUCGUACCGUACGAGUCUUCCAGUGUACUCGAAUCGACGGUAACACCGAUCGUCAUGAACAUUCUCGAUAGCUACUCGCAGUACGGUGCACAAAAUUCCAUUCUCUGCUUACGAGUUCUACAAAUUUUUAUUCACUCUAUGCGUCUUCGGUUUAAUGAUAAUGAAUCCUCGGACGGUUCGCAUCACGCAAAAUCCAACCAGCAAGAGGAAAACCAAAAAUUAUCGGAGCACAUCAGCGAAUUGCAAAAUUUGCUUCGACGAGAAAUCGCCAAUGAAGCCGACCCAUCAUUGGAAGACGCUGAGCCAGACGCGAUGGAGUGCGAUGAUAAAGAGCAAACUCAGGAAACGGGAGAAGAAGAAGGGCCACCGGAAGAAGAUGAUGAUUACCAGAAAGAUGAGAAACAUUUGCCGCCCCACAUUAGGAUCGUGCUCCGAAUACUGACCGUCAGUCUCAAGUACCUCGCCUCAUCGAACGAUGCCGAACGUAUUGUGGCACUUUCAACGAUCAACGAAGGAAUUUAUAUACUAGAGCGGCACGAAAAUCAACUGUUACCACUGGUACACGAAAUUUGGUUUAAUCUGACCGAACGGUUCAGUGACAAGAACCCAGCAAUUGUGCGGAAUGCGUUCGAAUUGCUUGUGACGCUAGCAAAUCUAGCAAAGGAUUUUAUCCGCAGACGUUCCUUGGAAGAAGUUUUCCCAAAACUGUACAAAUUCAUGACGUCCAACUGGAAUGCCGAUUUCAGUGCCCAUCACGUGUUCAAGCUGCAGUGCAGAUUCCUGCAGUCACUUCCGUGUUUGGUGCAGCAGCUAAAUUUCAACGAAAAACAGUUAGAUCAAGCGCUGGAAGUCGUUCGGUUAUACUUUGAGAAGAGUGAGAGACGUGACCUGCAAAGGGCUGCUUCCGAAUGCAUGCAACACAUGAAAGCAGUUGAUUCGAUGGCGGUCUUUUUGAAGGUAAAACAAUAAAGAGCCACUCUGAUCGUAGCAAGCAAAGCAACGCAAAAUUGCAUCCCCGUUCGGUUGACGAUCGAUACAUUCUCGGUGCAAUCAGUUGGAAUUUUGGAGAAAAGAACUCGAAAGAAGCGAAAUUAGGAACAUUAGUAUGCUGCCCAUUCAACCCGGUGACGAAGCGUCGACGAGACAAACGAAAAUUAAGAUGAACAUUAGGCACAAAACAACAUUUCAUAAUUCAAAAAGCAGCGAGCCCAGUGCGUCCCAUUUUCAAACAAAGUUUGGCCCAGUGCAUGAAAAAUCCAAAUUGUUACGAACCGUACUGGAAAGGGAAAUAACCCGAAUAACAGAAGAAUCAAAUCGUUCCGGUGCGAUGGAGGAGCAGCCACGUUUACCCGCGGGGUACAAGGGAAAGGUACUGCAGUUUUCAAAUUUGGAAAGCACCAUCCAGUCACCAUCGUUACAGGAGGUGCCCAGACAAAGGGAAUCGGGAAGUUUAGCGCAGUGGUCCAAUGAAGCAUCAAAUACGAACACCGACCUAUCUUCGGGAAUCUUAACAAAUGGCCAAAUGUCGAUCGGCAGUUUUGAGGAUUCAUUCGCUAAAAACAGAACAGAUUAUUUGCUUCAACGUUUACAGCAGCAAAUUGUGCUACACAACACAUUACUAGAUGCCUCAGAAAAGUUUUCAAAAUCACCCUCAAUCGAGAACCUGGUGAAAAAGUGCAUGAAAGGAACGGAAGCACUGACCGAACUGAAACAGCGUGUAGCAGCCUAUAAAAUGAAACAAGAGCAGAAGCAAACACACAAUGAGAUAGGUGUGCUAGUACGCGAAAUUCCAAAUAUCCUCAGAGAUGCAAUCAGCUGUGCAGACGACCUGCAUGAUCUGUCGGAGACGAUUAAACAGCGUGCUGUUUCCGAUGUGGACGAUUCAAAUCAAAGCUCCAAGACCUCCAGUGCGAUCAGGGAGGCAUCGAUGCGGUUGAAGGAAAUUGAAAACGCUUGGAAGAAUGUUCGAUUAUCAGAUGAAGAAGGUUCCUCACUUGGACUGCUCCACCUCUCACACCUAAUGGAUUCGAGUGGUUUUUUGAAUAUUUCUGAAACACUUAGCAGUACCUUCGGACGUAUAAACGAAUCAAUUGAAGGCGUGCUUCAGACACCGAACACGGCCAGCUUAAACAAAUUAAAGCAGCAUUUGACCCAAUGCAAGAACCUUCUCAAUAAUAUCACACACAAUCAGUCGUUGUUACUUGAAGAAACGUUUCCCUCAAUGCCAUCCACUAUCGGUACGGAGGAAUCGCUGUUGAAGGAUAUGUUCCAGGAGCUCGACCGGUCGGCGAAUUCAGAGAUUGAGGCGUUUCUUGAAGUUUGG